UCUCAGUUAUAUAAAGCAGGGAAACUUUAGUAAGAAUAGUUGCCAUCUCUAAAAUCAAUCUCGCUCUUCUCUUCUCUUUUCUUCAACCUCAAUCACUUAACAAAACCCUCAGUAGAAACCUUCCACUAAAGCAGCUCACAUGCAAACAUUCUCGUUUAAGAGGCGACCCAACCAUUCACAUUUCCCAUUAACUCUCUUCUUUUUCUUUCUAUCUUUAGCUCUGUUCAUCUCUGCUGUGAGCUCUCGUGUCCUAAGUCCCGUACCUCUGAAUAACUCGAUCUUGAUCUCUGAUGGUGUCCAUGGCGCCUUGGAUUACAAGUAUCUCACUCUCGAUCCUCCAGAGAACGUCAAAAAAGCAGCUUGCAUUCAUGUCUACGGGUUCCUUCCAUGUGCAGACAAUAUUGGAGGGUAUAUCUUCCAAGUUUUCUCCUUUGGCUGUCUUUUGAUCAUUGGUGACUAUUUCUUGUCUGAAGGAAGAUCAAAACUCUUUCUAAUAUUCGAGGUCGGGUUCUAUGGCGGUAUCAUCUUCCCUCUCCUUACAAUGUUCCCAAGAAUUGCCCUUAUGAUAUCGCCUGGACUAGUAGCGACCCACGAGGGUGCUCUAAUGAUUGUGGGAAACAACGUUGGAGUUACUAUGGGACACACAAUUUUUGCUCUGACAAUGCAAUGGGGAGCUUGUGUUGUCUUUGGUUUGACCGGUCCUAAUUCAGAUCCAUCAAUCCGAAGAGGAUCCAUCAAAAGAACAGCCUCUGAUACAAAGAAUCCAAGAAGGGGAUUUUACAGGAUGAAGAUACUAAAAAGUGUUGUUGAAGCAAGCGUAGAUGCAGAUCCUAAGAACAAGAAAGCUGCAGGGAUUAUGCUCUUGACUCUAGUUCCAUUUCUCUUAGUGACAUUGCCUGAUUUAUUGGAUGCACAAUCUUGGAGUGAUAUCAUUAUGUUGAUCACACUCAUAAUCUCUUGUUCUUCAACCUUUAUCUACUUUGUUUACUCGUAUUUUGAUACGGCAGACCAAAAGAAGAGCUUAGAUCACGCCAAGUUUGAGCUCAUGUCAGAAGUUCAUAAGCAUUUGCAGAGUUUUUCGCCUCGAACCCUUAUUAGAGACGGACAACUAAGUAAAGAAAGCUUGAAAAGUUUGUUCGAUAAAAUCGAUAGGAACAAAGAUGGGAAGAUUCAAAUCUCGGAGCUUAAAGACUUAACAGUAGAGUUUGGAGUUUUUGGAAGGAUGAAAUGUGACAUCAAUGAGUUUGCAAGCACUUUACUUGCGGAGUUCGACAAAGACAAAAAUGGCGAACUAGACGAGAACGAAUUCGAAGAAGGGAUAAUGAAACUACUGAAUCAGUACAAAUUUGAUAACCAAGAAUCUCCAAGACAUAACAACACAUACAUUUACAGAACACCAUCCGAUUCUGUGCAUGUUAAGAACCUGUCGAAUGGCAAGGAAGCUGGAGUUUUAAAGCUAGAAAUGCCAAAGCAAACUCUCGUUGCUAAAUUCCUCUCCAUGAGAACCUUAAGAGCUGUGACUAAAGUUAUCGGUGGGAUGCUAAUCGUCGUCUUUCUUGCUAAACCAUUUAUGGUAAACAUCGGGCUCUUAUCGGUUUCAGCUGGAGUUCCUUCUUUCUACUCAGUAUUUGCAGUGAUCCCUUUGGUAAGAAACUUGAAGAACACUUUAUCUGCACACUUCUGUCGAAAGAAAGACAAAGCAAGAAUCGCAUCUGAAAUGUUCUCUGAGAUUUACAGAGAUGUUACAAUGAACAAUCUGAUGGGAAUGUCGAUAACAUUGGCGAUUGUAUACUCGAGAGGAUUGAAAUGGGAAUACUCAAUAGAAUCUCUUCUUGUUGUGGUAGUUGGCAUUGCAAUUGGCUUACCGGCUUACGUGAGAUCGACUUAUCCGUUCUGGAUCUGUGUAAUGGCCUUUGCUAUGUAUAUCUUCUCUCUUGUCCUUAUCUAUAUUCAUUUUCAUCUUCGAGGUCAGAGCUAAAGCUUUCACUUUUUAGCUCUGAUCAGACUGAGAAUAAAUCAAUUUCAAAAGACCAUGUUCUUUUGAUUAAACUC